AUGCUAAAUCCCAAAAAGAUACUCCAAAUCAUCGCCUCCCUCCUCCCAACGGACAAAGACGUCACGAACUUCUCACUCGUCUGCAGGGACAUCUCCGACACCGUGCUCCCAUCCGAGUCAACCAUCUGGCGCAGUCGCUUCGGCGAUCUAUACGAUAUACCACCGGGCCGAUCCUCAAAGGAGUUGAAAACUGAAUAUAAAGUCCGCGCUAUUGUGUUGGCCCAGAACAUCGACUUCAAACAGGGCGAAGGUCCCCAACAAUGCCUGUGGCUUGAAGUGGUUCACACCAUGCUUCUUGAAUCUUUGACUCUGCCGCUGAAAAAUUAUACUUCCAAGACAUAUGACCACCUGUCUGAACGACUCAAGAAGCUGAGUUUUCUUCGGAGACCGGUCUCUGGCUAUGGCUUGUAUAAGCCGCAGGAGCCAUCGGAGCUGUUCUGUGCGGUGCAGUUGGUAAUGUAUGCCUGCGGCGAUGAGGUCAAAAUCCCCUUGAUCCAGCCUGAUGCUCCGAACCUCACGAACUUAUUGCACAUGCGCAACUUCUGGCAGCGACACCUUCGCAAUCACUGCGAAUGCACUUUCUUCGAGACCUUCGCCAAGUUGCCCGACCAUCUGAGACCCAGUGCGCGCGUGUUCUCGGAUGAGGAGUUUAGUCUGGGCACUUCGUGGCUGGGUUACUACUGUAAGUCAGGAUUCUCCGAUUCCCUCGAGCUUGAACUUCAGCCUGAUGAUGAAAUGACCUGGCCCCCAGAAUUCGACGCCAUACUGCCCCGACUCGGCCAAUCGAAGAAUCGGGCAUACUUCCGAGGUGUGCAGCAGACAUAUGGGGGAACCACCCCGGCCAGAAACGGGGUUAUUGGCUUCACCGAGCCAAUUGCGGUCCACUAUGGUGGGUUUCCUGGCUGGACUCGCAUCUGCUUUGCCAUUCGGGACGAGGGUGGUCAACCAGCCCAAGCGGGAAGCAGUGCAGAGCAAGGACAAUGGAAGCCCUGGGCACUGGAAAGAAGCGCUUGGCUGCACGGGUACGAGGCGGUUAUUCUUCCUGGUGGUGCGGUGAUGCUGGGAAGAUGGGUGGAUAUGAAAGAUAUGACGGGGCGAGGACCGUUUAUCUUCUGGGAUGUAUAA